AGAAUUCGCUCGCUUCCAACAGCAGCAAAGACACAGGGCGAAGAAAUAAGUUCAUAGAUGUGUUUAGUGGCUACAACAUGUCGAUCUGUUGUUCGAAAGUGUUUGCGCCAAAUAGCUGCACCGUAUGAGUGCAGUCUCUUAUCGCGCUUCUGUUUGUUAUUUCUGUAAAACAGAAAAAGCCCACAGCAGCUAGCCAUAUCGUAAGUAGUUGGAUUUACAUUUACCACUUAGAAUGUAAAGCGAAAAAAACCCAUCUAAUCUUCUGCCAGCCGUGACAAUGCGCCAGUCAUUUUCCACCUCCGCGAUCGACGCAGAGACCUCGCGAAGAGGCUUCGACCGCGCAAUGGCGCGCAGUACCAGGGAGACUCUGCAGGGCGCGGACACAUACUACAACAUCAGGCCGAGGGAGCAGCAGCAGUAUUCUUUUCCUUGGUUCUGACUCUGAGCCGCGGCCUUCCUUUUUUCUUUUCCGCUCAGCCUCAGUCUCGUUUUCUCAUACAACAUAGGCAUGACGCAAAAACCCUCAGCAUGAGGCGAGUUGAGUAUCGUCCGACAUCGACUUUGAUGUAACUCAUACUCCCUACAGGUACUACAGGACACACUAUGGCGAUGCGAAAGUCGACGGCUGGCUGAAACAGAUGCAGGAAGUGGAGGGCGCGCUUCUUGCUUCGGAGAUGGGGAAACUGAGCGUGGACGAGAACAAGCAGCACAGCAGCAAAACAACGCAGGACGCCGCAAAUGCGCAGCAGCCAAAGCCAGCAGCCGCGACCACGAGUAACGCCUAUGCCGAAAAGAUGCGCGUGUACAUGCAGCAGCGAAAAGACCAGGAAGCGGAAAAGAAGAAAACGCAGGAAGCUGCCGCGAACAAACAAGCCAGCAACGAGCAGAAGAACGCGGAGCCGGCAAAAAAACCGGAAGAAGAUGUCUCGUGGGGUGCUGGUGGCGACGACUCUUGGUGGGGUUAUUCUACAACAGCAGCGGGGUGGGGCGACAACGCUCCAGGUUCAUCUUCAUCAGGCGCUGCUCCGGCUGCGGACGCCAGCGGGGAGUGGGACUGGUGGGGUAGUGCGGGAGACUGGUCCUCUGGUACUGGUUGGGCGGGAGCAUGAAAAGACUAAACUUUCACCUUGCUCAUCGUAUACGAAUAUAUCAAAAAGUCAUCAUUGACUCGUGUUUUCGUUUUCGAUUUAGUCUGAAUCUCAAAAGCGCACAACUGAAAGUGCAAAAAUUAGGGAGCCAUCACCACAAGACGAUAG